CCGCCAUAUGUCUCACUAUGCUCUCCGGGGGCAGAUCAUAGCAUACUGUAACAGCCUGAGAGCCCUACUGGACGAUUUCCCUACCAUCAGAGAUACUUUUUUCAUGGUGGGACAACGGCAAGAAAAGAAGGGGUUGAGGAACUCCAAUGAAGGCCUCAAGAAUGACCCCAGGAGUUUUCAGCCCCGGCCACGGCGUUUGCUGUCUGCUGAUGGGAAAGUCUUCCUCAACUUAUGGUUCAUACCCCAUCCUUCUGAAGUGCUGGUUAUGUUCAAAACUCUGCCAGAAAAGGUAGCUUUUAGAGCCUUAAAGCUAACUCUGCAGCUGAUAGCCCCUCUCCAUGACAUUGUGGCCUACCUUUUCAGUUUUGCUAAACUUGGAAAUUGUCCAGCAUGGUUUGAAUUUCCUCUGAGUCCUAACCCUCUGAGAGGUGACUGGGGAGGAACUGAGGGUAUUGGAUCUGAACUUCAAGAGCUGCAGAAAAUGAUUGACAGCCUCCAGAGCCCCCAAGACCCAACUCUGGUGUCCCAAGUCCUUCUCCUCCAAAGGGAGGUUAUGUUUCUGCAGUUUGACGCUGCAGUGAGGUACCUCAUCCGACGAACAUUUUUGGCAGCUGGAAAUGCUUCUGCCUACCGGUCUGUCACAGACGGCAUGUACCAUGGGUUGCCAUCACUGAGCAACUCUCCAGUGAAGAGCAUUUUUGCUUCCCAGCUCAGCCUACCACAACCGCUGGAUCCACAGAGCCUCCAGGCAUUUGUGCUGUUCCCUUGGAGAGCAUUUCUGGAAGAUGGAGGACUAUUUCCAGUUACAAGUAGCAGCCCAGAUACCCUAGAAUAUCACAUGCAGCUAUGCCUCUGUGGGCUGAGUGGCCCUGACCUCAAGGUGGCUCAUGGAGAGCUGGCAGGCAUGCAGCUGCUAAAGGAAGAUGUUCUUCUGAGUAACUAUCCUGUGAUCACGGAGGGUCUCCCAGAACAGCAGGCCACACCAGACAAAAAUACACAGCCAGAUUUGUCCAGAGUGCCAGGACUCAGAAGUCAGUUCCAAAGCAGCCCAAAGGCCUCCAAGCUGCUAGGGGGCCCAUGUGAUGCAGUGAUGUCCCUUGCUUUGCUGAGAUCAUUUCUGGUGCUGUGGAAGCAACUGGAAGUGCUAAAGGAGCACUGGGGCCGACUCAAGCUCCAAGUCCAGGACAUCAACUCUCCCUCUCUCCACAAACAGUUCUCGGAGCUCUAUGGAACUGAUAUUCUCUACCCCAGCAUGAAAGCUAUAGCUAGGCGGAUGGGGAAGGAAGAUGAAUUUGAAGAAAUUUUAAUAACUAGUCAGUCUAUUCUUCCCCCAAAAGGAGCUUCAGAAAUCGAAAUAAAAACUCAACAGCUUCAGAAACUUCUGGAAAAUCUUGAAAUUCAUAUGAUCCAGGAGGUAUUAAGGAAAGUUAACAGAGAGAUAACACUGGUUGUAUCAGAAAAGUCCAAGGAGCAGCAUACUCUCCCUACAGACCUUUGGAAACACCAAGUCAUGGAAGAAAACUUUUCAAUUAUCAGACCACAAAUAGUUGAAAAUUUUGUACAGAGAUUAUUGGAGAAUUACCAGGAUGAUGGAUUAGAGGUCACUUUCAGGAAAGACCACCUCGAGGCCUGCCUCCUUUCCCUGGGUUGUGAUGUGAUGGCCAGAGAACGCAGCAACUUCGAGAGCUACUCCAUGUGUUACGAGCAUAUAUUGGAGCACGUUAGACAGAAGCUCUGCCAGAAAGAGAAAGAACUGGACAUUAUACGAAGAGGUCAAAGUCCACCUGAAGACAAGGCUGGUCAGGUUGCAGAACUCAGUCACAAUAUGAUCAUGGAAAUCACUGCCCUGAGAGCCCGACUCACGGAUUUGGAGGAGGAGAAUCUAAAUCUCAAAAAGCAAAUUAGAAAAGAAGUUCAAGAAGAAUAUGAAGCAUUAGUCCGAGCUUUGUUUGUGACAUGUUUGCACAUCAAAGAGAAGUUGGAUGAGAAUCAGCUUAAUUUGAUCCAGAAAGUGUGUGAGCUCAUCGGCGAAGUAAGAACAGAAGGGAUUGACAACAUGAAAAGCCUAAAGAAGAAGUGGGGCUCUGCCAGGCCUGAUGAAGAAAUGAAAGAAAAUCCAGCCAAACAGGAGCAGCUGCAGGCCUUGGAGCAGGACAACUGCAGCCUGGCCGCGCUGGUGCGCAAACUGAGGAGCCUGGGCCAUUGGAGGCUGGUGGUGCAGCAGGCGCACUUCCGGGGCCAGCUGAGCAGGGCUGAGAAGGAAGCUGUGCAAACGAAAAAAGAGGGUUUGAACAUCAAGCUAAUGGCAGAACGAGAAGUGGUUUUAUUUCGUCAACAGCUAUUGGCUCUAAGGCAGGCCCUGGCUAGGGCUCAUGCGGACAAUGUGAAGAUGUGCAGGCGGCAGGAGAAUCAGGCACAAUUGCUGCAGGAGCUAGAACACCGAGUGACCCAGGAAGCUCUCCACAGGCAGCAGCUGGGUCUAAUGAAAGCCUCCAGCAUGGAGAAGCUCUUAAAGGAUGUGGAGCAAAAGGAACAGCACCUGCAGCUCCUUACUGAAGAUGCCAAGAGGGCUUCUAAACUGGGCCAGCUGCAGCAGAAGAAAAUUCAGAGAGAACUCCGACAGGUGAGAAGCCGGCUUGCCCGUGAGCGUAGCGUGAAGCUGGAUGCUUUCCAGUGGGUAGAAGAGCUACAAAGUCAGCUUAUUGAUGCUGAGCAAUCCUCCACCCAAAGAAACUCACCUGGCGGCCUUAUAUCCCAAGCUCACUACUCCCUAAGUUCUGCUUCCACAUCAUCCAGACACACCCAGCAACACCUUUUAAAGACCCAACUCAUGGGCAGCAAAAUAACAAGGAUUCAAAGGCCAAAGACUGUACCUAUUAAACACAAAAGAACGGACCAUAUCUUCCUACCCAAUGUGGCAGAUACUGUUCAACUUCCAGCUUUUCAAGUUCAAACAGCUCCAUCCAGAACCCCAUUUAGACCUGAUUGGUAAUCAUAUAGCCUUUUCCCAAGUUUUAUUUCUAUGAGCAUUUGAAUGAAUAAAAAUGAUUCUAAAUUCCA